AUGUACUGGCAUUUUUUCCAUACGCCUACGACUGUCAGCGAAUCGAAGAACAAUGUCAAUGUUGAUACGACAAAAAUUGAAAUAAUCUCUCAAUCUAUGACAGCGUCUUGCAUUGCCUUCCUUUGUCUCCUCACGAUGCUUGUUAACAUAUGGGUGUGUUAUAAAAUUUAUAGCAAGAGAAGUCUCCGAUCAUCGUGUACUGCUCUUAUUGUCGCGAAUGUCGCUCUAGUGGAUAUUCUGGUCUCGAUCAAAGAUCUCCCGUUCUUGCUGUCUGUUGCAUUAUCUUCGAAAUGGUACUUCGAAAUAGAGUGGUGUCGUUCAUAUGGCCUCACAAAUGUCGUUUACAUCAUCGUAUCUGUGUCCACGCUUGUUUCAAUUGCAACAGAUCGUUACAUUGUCACAAGAGAAAACAACCGUGUCCAAUUAGAUCAAUCCGGACAGUAUCCAAUGCCUGGUCAAAGCAGUUAUUCUCCAGCUCCAUAUAAAGUUGCCUUACUUGGUUACGUCGUUGCACAAACUACGUUAUCCUACUCACUCACUCUGCUGUGGAGUAAAUAUGCAUUUCUUAGUCGUAAAGCAUUCUGUCAAGUGGAGUUCUCGUCAACUGGUUUCCCUAUAUCUAUUGUCGUAUCUUUUCUCUUCCUCAUUCCCAUCGCUACCCUUACAUUCUCCAUGUUGAACAGUAUUAGUGGAGAAAAGAAGCAAACGGUGGAGUUGAAAAGUAAUUCAGGGAACAAAGAUGAAUCGACGUCGGAAACUGAAGAUCAAAUGAGCGAAGAAGAAGGUCAAAUCCAUUGUCAUCUUCAAGCAGCAAUCGGGAUAUUUCUCUUGUCCUGGUGUUCUUAUGUCUUCGAUAGUUUUUUCCCAUCGCCUGAAAGUCCAAGUAUUCCUGGUGUAGUUUCUGCCUUUAUUCCAAUCAUGACGACAUCCUUAGUUCCACUAUUUUUUGUACUUACGCACAAAGUAAGGCUUCCAAACACCUACGACUCUUCUAAACUUGAAUCUGCGUAUCGUUUGGCAUGA